ACUUCUAAUCAACCAACUUGAUAUCAAAAUUCCACACACAAAUCCUUUAUACUUUACAUAACUCAAGGCAGACAAUCAAUCAAAAUGUCCGUAGCACAAGAAUUCGAAGCUGCAAAUGCGAAUUAUGCCUCGGCCUUUGACAAGGGACAUUUACCGCUUCCACCUGCUCGCAAGGUUGCAGUCGUAGCAUGCAUGGAUGCACGUAUCGACGUCUUUCGAGCCCUGGGCCUUAAAGAAGGCGAUGCCCACGUUAUCCGCAACGCAGGCGGACGAACCAGCGAUGCUCUUCGCAGUGUAAUCAUCUCUCAACAACUCCUCGGCACGCGAGAAAUUGUCGUGAUCCAUCAUACUGACUGCGGCAUGCUCACAUUCACGGACGAGCAUCUCCGCAACAAGAUCAAGUCCGAACUGAAACAGAAUGUCGAUCAAAUCGCAUUCUUGCCCUUUAAUGAUUUGAAGCAGAGUGUUGUUGAUGAUGUUGAGGCGUUGAGGAAUAGUCCGUUGGUACUCGAUGUGCCGAUUACGGGGUAUGUGUUCGAGGUUGAGACGGGGAAGAUUGUCAAGGUGGAUGUUUAGAGAGCCUAUUUCUUUACUGAAUGUGCAAGUCCUAGUAACAGGAGGGUUGAGCGAAUGUGAAAGUCUUUUGGAUAGGUGUCGAGGGUGUUUAUAGUGACUAUGUUCGAAUGAUCAUUCAAAUAACUACUCGUUUUCAAUCUUGGAAGAUCUCUUGCAAAUCACACGACUUUGGAUUUACUCAUAUGAAUUCAGAAUCCCAGUCUGUCUCUAACGCUUCAGGUUCUUUUCGAGCACAUGCCCCUUCAUUACUUCCCUUCAAUAUCAAUGGCUUGAACAUUAACCUUUCAUCAACUAUUCCUACAAGAGUAUAUUCCCAGUCUGUUUACUAUUUUAUUCAGUUGCCCUGCUUGUUGACACUCCUUUCUGUUGCUGCAACG